CUGGAUUCUCUGAGCAUGGCAGUUGAGCGUUUUCAUCGCGUUCUUGUAUAUAGUGUAAUUUCUUGAAGAUUUUGUUUUUGUUUUUCAAAGCGAGGUUUCCAAGUUGAAGAAAGAAGAUAGUAACAAUAUACACGCUGGGGUUUGGUUUUUUUUUUUUUUUAAGCUCAUGGACGAGUUAUACAGAAUUCACACCUCAUUUUCAUGUCCCGAUGGUGGAGCGGUUGAAGUUGGAAGUAUGAGAGGGCUAGAUCGCAGUAGCCCAGUUGAGAAUUUAGUUCAGUUUAGACCUGGUGAAAAUAGUCACGAUGAAGUCAUUGGAUCAGAGAUGUCAGAUCUUUUAAAGAUUCAAAUUGCUAGUCAUCAUCUAUACCCUAACUUAGUUUCUGCCUAUGUUGAAUGCAGAAAGGUUGGAGCACCACCAGAGAUGGCUUCGUUACUUGAAGAAAUUAGCAAAAUAAGUCGCCCCAUAAGCAGUCCUAGCGGGAUAAGUGCUGAUCCUGAACUAGAUCAAUUCAUGGAAUCAUAUUGUGAAGCUCUACAUAGAUAUAAGGAGGAGCUGUUGAAACCGUUUGAUGAAGCGACUACUUUCUUGAGCAAUAUUGAGUUGGAACUCAAUAACCUCUGUAAGGAGAAUUUUACCACAACCACGUCUUCCUCGAUGACCUCCACAAACUAUCAUUCUGAUGAAGCAGGUGUCACAUCCGAUGAGGAUCUAAGCUGUGGAGAAGUUGAAGUUGCCGAGAGUCAAGAAUCUUCUGCUGCUGGUCAAGGUGAGAGUGAGCUCAAAGAGAUGCUGAUGCGCAAAUACAGUGGCUAUCUUAGCAGCUUGAGAAAGGAAUUCUUGAAGAAACGAAAGAAGGGAAAGCUACCAAAGGAUGCAAGGAUAGCACUCCUGGACUGGUGGAACACACAUUAUAGAUGGCCAUAUCCGACGGAAGAGGAGAAAAAUAAGCUAUCCGAGGUAACAGGAUUAGACCAGAAGCAGAUCAACAACUGGUUUAUAAAUCAGAGGAAAAGACACUGGAAACCAUCCGAGGACAUGAGAUUUGCUCUGAUGCAAGGUGUUAGUGCUGGCACUCCAAGUCCAGGAGGACCUAUAUGUUUUGAUACUGCUGGAGGAAAUGGAGGUUUCGGAAUCUAAGAAUGAAAAGUGCUACUAGUUAUAUUAGUUAAGUUGCACACACGAUAGAAUUUAUCUUUACUGACAAAUGUAGCAUGGCAUAUGGAAUUCAUAUCUAG